GCGACAGUGCUAGCAGCGCCAUCGCAGAGAGUAUAACACAAUUUUCCGCAAAUUAAUUCAACUAUCCAAAAUGGGUGGCAAAUACAAGAUUGUUAUGGUACGUCAUGGCGAGUCCGAGUGGAAUCAGAAAAACCAAUUCUGCGGCUGGUUCGACGCCAAUCUGAGUGAACAGGGCAAAGCGGAAGCUGUAGCAGCUGGAAAAGCCGUUAAGGAUGCUGGCCUGGAAUUCGAUGUGGCGCACACCUCGGUGCUCACUCGCGCUCAGGUGACCCUGGCAAGCAUUCUGCAGGCCAGUGGCCACAAGGAGAUUCCCAUCGAGAAGACCUGGCGUCUCAAUGAGCGUCACUACGGCGGACUGACCGGCCUGAAUAAGGCGGAGACAGCGGCCAAAUACGGCGAAGCUCAGGUGCAAAUCUGGCGUCGCAGCUUCGAUACACCACCGCCACCAAUGGAGCCGGGACAUCCCUACUAUGACAUCAUUGUCAAGGAUCCCCGCUACGCCAAUGGACCCAAGCCCGAGGAGUUCCCGCAGUUUGAGUCUCUGAAGCUGACCAUUGCACGCACACUGCCAUACUGGAACGAUGUCAUCAUUCCACAGAUGAAGGCGGGCAAACGCAUCCUGAUUGCCGCCCAUGGCAACAGUCUGCGUGGCAUUGUCAAGCAUUUAGAUAAUCUCUCUGAGGAUGCCAUCAUGGCCCUGAACUUGCCCACUGGCAUCCCAUUCGUCUACGAGCUGGACGAGAACUUCAAGCCAGUGGUGUCGAUGCAGUUCCUCGGCGACGAGGAGACUGUCAAGAAGGCCAUCGAAGCUGUUGCUGCCCAGGGCAAGGCCAAGUAAAGAAGGCAACAAUUUCUAGACAGGCACAAAGUAAAGGCAGAAUCGCAGCGUUGUUAGUUUCCUUAACCCGUUCAUUGUUGUGGUUCUCUUAGCAUUAAUUGGUUCAUCACCCGUACAGUUAAUAAAUAAUUUAUUAUAUUACACACAGA